GCCCAGCUGGAGCUGAUCGGGCACAGCGUGUUCGACUUCGUGCACCCCUGCGACCACGAGGAGCUGCAGGACGUGCUCAGCCCCCGGCAGGGGGGUCCCCGGAGGAGGGGGGAGCGCUCGGGCCGCAGUUUCUCCCUGCGCAUGAAGAGCACCCUGACCGGGCGUGGGCGCUGCCUCAACCUCAAAGCGGCGUCCUGGAAGGUCCUGCACUGCACGGGACACAUGAGGACGUACUCGGGGUCGGGGGGCGGCGAUCCCCCCCUGCGCUGCCUGGUUCUGAUCUGCGAGGCCAUCCCGCACCCCGGGGCCAUCGAGGCCCCUUUGGGAUCGGGAACCGUCCUCACCCGCCACUCCAUGGACAUGAAGUUCACUUAUUGCGAUGACAGGAUCGGGGAGGUGGCCGGGUACCACCCCGAGGAGCUCCUGGGUUGUUCCCUCUACGAGUUCGUCCACGCGCUCGACUCCAACACCCUGAGCCGGAGCGUCCACACCCUGCUGAGCAAGGGCCAGGCGGUCACGAGCCACUAUCGGUUCCUGGCCAAGCGCGGGGGGUUCCUGUGGGCUCAGACCCAGGCCACCGUCAUGGGCGGGGGGCGAGCGGCCCCCGAGGGCAUCGUGUGUCUGCACUUCGUGCUCAGCCGCGUGGAGCAGCGCGGGCUCGUUCUGUCCCUGGAGCAAACCCAACGCCGAGAUUUUGGGGGUGGGGGUCGCCGACCCCCUCCCCCCACCCCCACCAACGACCCCCCCCCGGACGCUGUGCUCGACCUCAGCCUCGGUGUGGGGGUCCCGGGGGUCCUGGCCUUCGUGCGCCCCUCCCACAUUCCCGAGGCCGUGCUGCAGAGGGACCCCCGACGUUUCUGCUCCCCCGAACUCAUCCGGCUCCUCGCCCCCAUUUUUGACCCCCCCCCGACGACCCCCACCCCCCCACGCCGCCCCCGAAGCCCCUCCCCGCCCCCCAGGGACAAACUGGUGCUGCAGGUGCAGAAAAUUUUUGGGGGGAGCCGCGGCCCCGGCACCGCCCUGCAGGUAAAGGGGGGGAGGGGGAGGGAAGUGGGGACCCUCCUGGGGCCCCCCACCCCAAAUGUCGAUCCCACGUCGCCCCUGGACCUGGCCAUGCUGGCCCCCUACAUCCCCAUGGACGGCGACUUCCAGCUGGGCGGGGCCGAACCGCAAAGGGGGCGUGGCCUGAACCACGUGGGCCACGCCCACAAAACCGAGGCCCCGCCCCCAAGGCCCAGAGCCCGCAGCUUCCCAGGACGAGGCCCCGCCCCCUCCCGGCCUGGCCACGCCCUCCCGCGCUGGGGGAGCGACCCCGCCCUCGGCCACGCCCCUCGGCCACGCCCUGCUAGGAAGAGGUGGGUGGGGAUUAAGGGGUGGGGCUUGAAUGAAUAA